AUGCAGCUGGCCUCAGGUCCCCCAAGCACCCUCACAGCCCUGCCCUGGGCCAACCAUAGCUGGGCACGCGAGUUUGUGCUGCUGGGCUUUGCACACGUGCCCACACUGCGCCCGCUGCUCGCGGCCCUCUUCCUGGCCGCCUUCCUGCUCACGUUGCUGGGCAACACGCUCAUUGUGCUGCUGCCAGCGCUGGACUCGGCCUUGCGCACGCCUAUGUACUUCUUCCUGCGCCAGCUGGCCCUGCUGGAGAUCUGCUUCUCGCUGGACGUGGUGCCUCGGCUGCUGCUGACGCUGCUGCAGCCUGGGCGCGGUGUGUCCCCCGCAGGCUGUGCCCUGCAGCUGCUCCUGGUGCUGUCCUGUGUCACGUCUGAGUGUUUCCUCCUCACCACCAUGGCCUGGGACCGCUAUGUGGCCAUCUGCAGGCCCCUGCAUUACGUAGCCAUCGUGAACCCACGGCUCUGCCGCGUGCUGGCCGGCAUGUGCUGGCUGGCGGGUGUCCCCGUGUCACUGGUCUUCACCAUCUGGCUAUUCCGCUUUCCCUUCUGCGGGCCCCGUGGCAUCCGCCAUUUCUUCUGUGACAUUGCGCCCCUGCUGAGCCUGGUGUGUGCAGACACCAGGAUCUUUGAGGCCAAUGCGUUGGCGGCCACAGUGCUGAUCAUGAUUGUCCCCUUCUGUCUGAUAACCAUGUCCUACACCAAGAUUGUGGCCACCGUCCUGCGGAUGUCAUCAGCCACCGGACGCCACAAGGCCCUGUCCACCUGUGCCUCCCAUCUGGUCGUGGUCACUCUGUUUUAUGGCACAACAGGGGUCAUCCACUUGCGACCCAAGGCCAGCUAUUCCCCGGAGAGCAAGCAGGUGGUGUCCCUCUCCUACACCCUGGUGACCCCCAUGCUUAACCCACUGAUCUACAGCCUUCGCAACAAGGAGGUGAAAGCCGCUCUCCACCGGGUGUGUCCUCAAAGAAGAGGGACCCAUAGUCCCUGA